AUGAACAAAUAUAGUUUAAUAUUUUUAGAUAAAGGAUCUGAAAGGGAUUAUUAAGAAUAGAAAAUCAAUUAGCUGAGAAAACCAGUCUAUUUCUUUAGUGCAAUAGGGUUGUUUUUCAUCAGUAUGACGAAAAUGAUCACGGAAAUCUUGGAUAACUAAUUGAAUCAUUUGAGCAUAAUAAUUGUGACUUAAAUUUAUCUCAUCUUAUCAAUUUUCAUAAUAAAAUGGAAGCCUCAAUUAGUGUAGUCCUGUUUAGUGAUUUUGAACUAUUUGCUAUUAGCAUAUUAAUAUAUGCUAACAAGUACUAUUUCAUAAGAGGCCCACUAAUUAUUUGCUAACAAUUUUGUUGCUUGUAACUUUGUGAUCAUUUUGGCUGUGGAUGUAUAUUAAGGAAUAUUCCUCGUGACCACUACGAUGCUAUUACGAUUAGGGUUUGCUAUAUAUGAAGCCAAUACUCCAUAAUACAAUGUUUAUUUUGCUACAAUUUUGUUAAUUUUCUUUUUAAGUUUUUAUAUUCGAAAGUUAAAUUAUGAGAGUCGUAGCUUCUUUUUAUUGAGUUUAAAGGAUAAUUUGAUGGAAUAAAUUUUGCCAAUUAUUGUGAAUAAGUCAUAUAUCUUAUUUCAAUUUGAAAGUAGCCAUUUGAGAUUUUCAUUAAUUUCAUCGCGUUAAUUGGAAUUUUGUUGUGACAAUUCAGAGAAUUUGAAGUAAUUUUUGAGGGAGUGGAAUUAUAAAUAGUAGAGUCUCGAAUAGUUUUGCUUUUCAGACAUAAGACGAAGAUAAUCUCAAGAGAUAAAAUCUUAUAGCAAAUAAAUUGAGAUAAAAAAAGGGUCCAAAUAAACGCAAACGAUAACAAUAUGCUUCUUUAGUUAUUAAUAGCCAACAUUUUUAAUAAAAUUUGAGAAUAACCCUCAGGCUUAGGAGAAGCUAAAAAGUUAUUUUUUCAAGACAAUCGAAAAGGAAAGAUAUAUUCACUUCAAGAUUUUCAAAUGUAUAGUAAGCAAUUUGUCAAUUUCAUUAAGAUCGGCUAACUUGCAUCAAUUACAUUUAUUAAGGAUAAAUUGUUUCAAAUAAAUUUUGAAUUACAAAAUAUUAAACAAUUAGUUCAAAUAGUAAGAAUUUUCAAUUGAUCCCAUUUUAUCAAGAUUAAAGGAAUUUUUUAAAUUUAAAUAGAUAAAUUAUAAAAUUAUCACAUCAUAAGAGGCUAAGGUAAAAAUGAUAAAGACUUACUUUAUGAGACUGAUUUUUGAUGUUUUCAAUGAGAGUAAAAAAGAUUCUACAAUAAUAAUUAACUUGGAGCAUUUUUAAGAACCAUAUAUAAGAUAUUAUGGAAGAGAGAUUAAUGAAUUGUAGGAUACAGCGAUUUUAACAGUUGUCAAAACUUUAGUAAAGAAGAAAUAGAAAUUAAAUAUUGGAAAUAAAACAACUAUUUUAAUAAUGUUGAAUGAAGAACCAAACUACCCAUUCUAGUUUUCACUAUAGAAUUGA